AUGUAUCAAAAAGGCGUAUUCUUACGACAACCUCUGUGGAAACAGAGGUCUGCCUACCAUUCCUACGAGCACCCGGAAUCGCCACCCUUCCCGCCCGCAGAAUCGGCAAUCCUCUCCGCUUCGCUAUCACAUGUCCCGGAUCAUGGCUUCACAUCAACUGCGCUCAAGCUAGGUGCGCGGGACGCAGGCUACCCCGAUGUAUCUACCAAUCUACUACCUCGAGGGGUAUAUGAUUUGGUCAAUUACCAUCUCGUCACGCAGCGGCUAGCUUUGCGAGACGCACUACAGUUUCCUUCGGACGCCGAGAAUGGAAAGCCCAUAGGCGUCGGGUCAAAGGUUAGGGCGCUGACUCUGGCGCGCCUCCGAGCGAAUGCACCUAUUGUGCACCGCUGGCAAGAGGCUCUCGCUAUCAUGGCACAACCCGGCUACGUGCCCGCAUCACUCGCCGAACUCGCACGCCUAGCAGACGAGAUCUGGUUCCUUGCAGGCGACACAAGCGUUGACAUGAGCUGGUACACCAAACGAGCGACGUUGUCAGCUGUCUACUCGGCUAGCGAAGUGUUCAUGACACAGGACACGUCGGCGGACUUUGUGGAUACGGAAAGAUUCCUCGACGCACGUUUAGCCGAUUUAACAAAGGUUGGAGGUUUGAUUGGGGCGCUAGGGGAAUGGGUUGGUUACACUGGACAUUCGGUGGUGAAUGUGCUUAGGAGUAAGGGAGUGCGUAUCUGAGGCAGGUGUGGGGAGCUCCCCAGUCAAUAGUGUAUAUCGGCGUACUCUGGACGGUGAGUAUCAGACGAAUUGCAAUCUGGCUAAAUGUGCAAUAGUCCUUCUGUAUCCAGUGAUAGCAUAAUUGGGCCAUGGCACGGUUGCUACAUGCAUGUCAGUACUGUACAUACAUUUUCGAGCGGAUACCCACACAGUACCAUCCCCCUUCCUCUAGUUCUGGGUCCAGAAGCCGGCAUGCACAGUACCACAGUACUGUAUCCAUACUUUAGUGUACCUAUAGUAAGGAGCAGAGACAGCGUGGACAUGACGGCGGAAGUCGCAACGCAGGGCAGGUGACGUGACGUCACAGGACAAGAAGGCGACGCUCCGUAAAGAAUUGUGCGAUGGUCAGGUCCACUUUGGGUGUCCCAACAAGCCAGUCCUUUGCUUCCCUCAAAGGAUGCAAUCCAAUCAGGUCCCCCAAAGGGUCACUGCGAAGAUGGGUUUCAUUGUGU